GUCCGCGAUCCAUUUGACCUCUACCUCACCUCUCCGCCCGCACAUAUCCCUUACAUAUCAUCAUCUCCCUACCAUUGCUUGUAGAUUGCUUGGCUUUAGUUCGCAUUGCGUCUGCAGCACAUUCCAUUUAUUUCCUUCCACGUUCUCUACAAAUAGCCUUUCCCGAUAUCCCCCUUCCCGCUAAUGGCCUCUCUCGAUACAACCAGCAAUAUGUGCUCGCUUGAUGACACCGCCACGAAAUUAUGCGCCACGACUUCUCCGCCAGUGCCAACCUUAACCACCAUAGCAGAAACACCCAGUGGACCUGUCACCACAGAUCUGCCGCCCAGCGCUGGCGCAAGUGAGAUCCCCAUGGCAAACCUCUAUCAGCUUCCCGCCUCUGGCCCACACGGACUAUCCGCCAAACCCAGUCAGGCGACCGGCGACCCCGCAUACCAGCUCGGCAAUGUGCCCACCAGCCUAGUGCAACCAGGCAGUGGCAGCACACAGCCAGUUGCCGAAGGAGUGGAUCCAGACAUUGAUUUCCCAGGCGGACCGCACUGGAAACCUGUAUGGAAAUGCGCACAUGGCGUCGUGCAAGCACGACCCCAGCCAGACAGGCUCAUCGGAUAGCGAUUCGGAUGAUAUUUCGCGGUCGCUGUCAAUUUUGCUCUCACAGCAGCAACAGCAGCAGCAACUACAGGCAAAUGCAAAGCGGUUCCACACUAUUGGGCUGCCGCCGCACAGCGGCGACUA